GUGUCCCAGUCCGCUCAGCAUGUAGUGUCAGCGGGGUCGCACUUGUGUACAAGGAGACAUAUAUGGAGCAUUAGGAGCAGAGACUGACCGGUCGUGUUUUUUCCAGCUCCACUGUUUUUGCGCGCAGCGGACCGGAGAGAUGGAAGAGGUGCGCCCGGAGCAGAGCGCUCCUCCGCGGCUCUGCCGCCUCCUCCUCAUCCUCUCGCUACUGCUGAGCUUCUCCGUGUCCAGCUCGGCCGCCUGGGACCUGGUCCUCCUCCACACCAACGACGUGCACGCCCGGGUGGAAGAGACCACCAAACAUUCCGGGAAAUGCGUCAAGAGCAGCCAGUGCUUCGCCGGCGUGGCACGAAGAGCCACGAUGAUCAAGAGGAUCCGCAGCUCCGAGAGCAACGUGCUGCUGCUGGACGCCGGGGACCAGUUCCAGGGGACCGUCUGGUUCAAUUACUACAAGGGCGCCGAGGCUGCGCACUUCAUGAACAAACUGAGAUAUGAUGCCAUGGCUUUUGGGAAUCACGAGUUCGACAACGGAGUGAAAGGACUCAUGAAACCGUUCAUGGAGAAGAUCAAGUGUACCGUUCUCAGUGCUAACAUCAAACCAGACGAAACUCUGGCCGUGACGUUUGGAAGCUCUUACCAACCUUAUAAGAUACUUACAGUGGGUGAUCAGAAGGUCGGCGUGGUGGGAUACACGUCCCGCGAAACGCCCGCUCUGUCCGCACCGGGACCACACCUGCAGUUCGAGGACGAGGUGAAGGCCCUGCAGCCGCAUGUGGACAAACUCCAGACGCUGGGAGUCAAUAAGAUCAUCGCUCUGGGUCACUCUGGUUUCACCUUGGACAAGGAGAUCGCCGAGAAGGUCCGCGGCGUCGACGUCGUCAUCGGCGGACACACCAACACUUUCCUCUAUACAGGAACACCUCCGUCCUCUGAAGUCCCUGCGGGUCCGUAUCCCUUCAUGGUGAAAUCGGAAGACGGGCGGCAGGUUCCUGUCGUGCAGGCCUACGCUUUUGGAAAAUAUCUGGGUUAUCUGAAGGUGACCUUUGACAACAAUGGACAUGUAGUGAAGUCCACAGGAAACCCCAUCCUGCUGAACAGCAGCAUCCCUCAGGAUCCGGAGGUUCUUGCUGAUGUGGAGGAAUGGAAGAAGAAUCUGGCGAACUACUCGGCCCAGGUCGUGGGAAAAACUCAGGUCUUCCUGAAAGGUGAUGCCGAGUGUCGUUUCCGGGAAUGCAACCUGGGAAAUCUGAUCUGUGACGCCAUGGUCGCCAACAACAUCAGAUUCUCCGACGAGGUCCAGUGGAACCACGUCAGCGCCAGCAUCUUCAACGGAGGAGGCGUCCGCGCAUCCAUUGAUGAACGCACCAGGAACGGCUCGAUCACCAUGGAGGACCUGAUCUCCGUCUUACCCUUCGGAGGAACCUUCGACCUGGUGCAGCUGAAAGGCUCCACACUGAGGAAAGCCUUUGAACACUCAGUGAAACGAUACGGCGGGAGCACCGGAGAAUUCCUACAAGUGUCCGGACUUCAUGUAGAGUUCGACUUGUCCAAACCUCCGGGACAUCGCGUGAAGAGUCUCAGCAUCCUCUGCGUCGAUUGUCGUGUCCCCGACUACGAGCCCGUCGAGGAUGAGAAGGUUUACAAAGUGGUGCUGCCGUCCUACCUGAUGACCGGUGGAGACGGAUUCUCCAUGAUCAAAAACGAGACGCUCAAACACAACAGCGGCGAUCUGGACAUCACCGUUGUGUCCAACUACAUCGUACAAAGAAAGGAAGUUUAUCCGUCUGUUGAAGGACGCAUCAAGAUCCUCAACUCAGCUCCCGGACGGCAGGGACAGACCGCUUCGCUGGUUUUACUGUCACUGGCGCUGAUCUGGGCUCUGUGUGGGAACAUGUACGACUGAAUCCACCCGGAAAACACAGAAGAGUCUUUACUGUUUUUAUAAACUACAUGUGAAGAUGAAGCAGUACCAGCUCUGAUGGAUGUGACUGACAAAAAUAUCUGACCUUUUAUUAUCAUUUUAAAACAGAAGGGAAACUCCAGCAGCCAGAAGUUUUAAAAACUCUUCCUGAAAUCUGUUUUGACCAAGUUUAGACAAAACUUUUAAACUUUUUUUUCCGUUAGUUUUAAGCUAACGGCGACUAAAGCUGCAGCUCCACUAAUAACCACUAAGACCUGUUCUGAGCUCAGCGGAUUUCUCUCGCACUUUUUCCAACUUUUCAUGUGUUUUUUGUUUUUUGUUUUUCUUGGUGUCGAUUUUGGAAAAAGUUAAUUCAUGAAAGUUUUAUGGUCUAAAAAGAUAAAAUGCUCGUCUCAGUCAGUGUUGCAGGACUAGAGUCCAGGACUCAGACUCGAACACUAAAACCCUGACUGAGACGCGGUACUCAGGACUUGCCUUGGACUGGAGCACUGACUGUGUUCAGACUCAGAAGUUGGAGACUCAGACUCUUUGUUAGUUUUUUGUAAGAGGCCGUAAUAACUCAAAGUAAAUAAACCUCCUUUGAAACAGUAA